UACCCUUUCAGUGUUACACCCGCAACCAUUCCCCGAAACUAGCAAACUCAUUCAAGGGUUUGUACCACAAGGUCCUGUGUUCAAGAUUGAACGAUGUUCUUGACGAGAUCGGAAUAUGACAGAGGUGUCAACACGUUCUCUCCUGAAGGAAGAUUAUUCCAAGUUGAAUAUGCUAUUGAGGCUAUCAAACUUGGGUCCACAGCCAUUGGUAUCCAGACAUCAGAAGGAGUGUGUCUUGCUGUCGAGAAGAGGAUCACAUCCCCACUGAUGGAGCCUAACAGCAUUGAAAAGAUUGUGGAGAUUGACAGUCACAUUGGUUGUGCAAUGAGUGGCUUGAUAGCUGAUGCCAAGACUCUAAUUGACAAAGCCAGAGUGGAAACACAGAACCACUGGUUCACUUACAACGAGACCAUGACGGUGGAGAGCGUGACCCAGGCUGUGUCCAACUUGGCGCUGCAGUUUGGAGAGGAGGACGCCGACCCCGGUGCGAUGAGUCGACCAUUCGGAGUCGCACUUCUUUUUGGAGGAGUGGAUGAAAAAGGACCCCAGCUGUACCACAUGGACCCUUCAGGAACUUUUGUGCAGUGUGAUGCCCGGGCAAUCGGCUCAGCAUCUGAGGGUGCACAGAGCUCCCUCCAAGAGGUCUACCACAAGUCCAUGACGCUAAAAAAUGCCAUCAAGUCGUCCCUCACCAUUCUGAAGCAGGUGAUGGAGGAAAAACUCAACGCCACCAAUAUAGAGCUGGCAACAGUGGAGCCAGGGAAGACCUUCCACAUGUACUCCAAAGAAGAGCUGGAGGAUGUCAUCAAGGAUAUUUAGAUGAUUCAGGUGCAGGCUCGAGAGGACAGGAAAUACACCUGGCCUCAAGGCUGACAAAACGCAACUUUUCCAUCAGCGCAUACUGGUCACUGCACUCAGAAGUUUUUCUGUGAUGUGCUCGUGGACUUCUUGCCUAUUGCCUAUCAGCAUCUGUGCAGAGCAGCAGGAAGAAACGGGGGUGGGGUAUUUUUUUUUGUAACAUUCAGUACUUCAAUUAAAUUGUUGUAUUCCA